AUGAAAUUCUUCGUUUGCGUUCUUUCUUUGGUUGUUGCCUUGUUGGAACCUUCACAGGCCACAUUUGAUGUAAUUGCCAGUGUACCUUCGGCAGGAGGGUAUGCUGGCGGCUAUAGUGCUGGAUAUGGUGGAGGUUAUGGUGCUGGUUAUGGUGGAGGCUAUAGUGCUGGAUAUGGCGGCGGAAGUUAUGGUGGCAAUUAUGGCAGUUAUGGUCCCAGCUAUGGCAAUAAUGUUAAAGUUGUCAAGUUGACUGUAGUUCCAAGUGGCUCAUUCUCAGCUGGAUCUUAUGGUGCAGGAUCGUAUGGUGUUGGUUCAUAUGGUGCUGGUUCGUAUGGUGUUGGAUCUUAUGGUUAUGGUGCUGCUGUGGCUCCUGUAACUGCUGCCGUCACUACACCGGUCGUUACUGCCGUUACUACCCCUGUCGUUACCUCAACUGUUGGCGCAUAUGCCGGUGUCGGUUCAUAUGGUGUUGGAUCUUAUGGUGCUGGAUCAUAUGGUUAUGGCGGAAAUAUUAUUCCUUCUUAUGGUUAUGGCAACACCUUUGGACAAGGUUAUGGAGCAGCUGCUGGAUGCUUUUAA